AAAAAACCUAUAAAUACUCCUAAUCUUAAACAUUUUUCAUAUCUCUUCACCAAUUCUUCCUAAAUCCUAUUCUUAACUCUCUACUCUCUAAUUCUCUUAUUCUCCAAUAUAUUAUAUUUAUUAUUUAUAUAUCUACUUUAUAGUUUAUACUUAAGAAGUUAAGAUGGAAAAUCAAGAUGUCAUUAUACGGUAUAAUUUUGAUAAGCAAAAGGACUCGAAGACCGGGAUGUGGUAUGCAAUUUGCAAAUGGUGCGAGAAAAAAUGUAGCAUGUGGGUUUCAGGCGGAUACGGGAUGACAAUCAAGCAUAUGAAGUAGGGUUGGAUUCGAUUCGGGUCACCCGGUCCGUGACUCGGCCCGGCCCGGCACUGUGCGGGCCCGGGACCGGCCCGGUCGGGUGGUCCGGGACCGGGUAUGGACCCGAACCGAUGGGAAGGGGCGGGGCGGGCUCGGUUCAGGAUUAUUGUGACCUGGCCCGGCCGGGUCGGGCCCGGGUCUGGGCCUCUUUUUUAAAAAAAAAAUUUUUUGGGGGGUAAAAAACCUAUAAAUACUCCUAAUUAGGGAUGAACUCGGGUCCGGGCCGGGUCCGGGCCGGGCCUAGGCCCGGGCGGGCCGGCGGGUCAGAAAUGGUGGACCCGGGACCGGCCCGGGUAACCACCGGGUCCGGGCCGGGCCGGGCCGGGCCCAUUAUAUUUUUUUUUUGUUUUCCUCUUCCUAAUUAACCCCCUCCCACCCCCAACCCCCCAAACCACCCCAAAUGGCCCAAAAUACCCAGCCCAACUCGAAAACUAAAAAAAAAUUGAAAAAAAAGAAAAAAAAAUAGUUUUUGACCCGAACCGGGCCCGGGCCCGGCCGGGUCGGGCCUUGUUUUGGGUGACCCGAGCCCGGACCGGAAAACCCAUGGGCCGGGCCUACCCGGACCGGUCACUGACCGGGCCACCGGGUCGGGCCGGGCCGGGCCGGAACAGUACCGGUCCCUGGCCGGUUCCGGGUCGGGCCACCCGGCCCGAGUCCAUCCCUACUCCUAAUCUUAAACAUUUUUUCAUAUCUCUUCUCCAAUUCUUUCUAAAUCCUAUUCUUAACUCUCUACUCUCUAAUUCUCUUAUUUUCCAAUAUAUUAUAUAUCUACUCUCUAAUUCUCUUCUCCAAGAAGUUAAGAUGAAAAAUCAAAAUGUCAUUAUACGGUAUAAUUUUGAUAAGCAGAAGGACCCGAAGACCGGGAUGUGGUACGCAAUUUGCAAAUGGUGCGAAAAAAAAUGUAUCAUGGGGGCUUCAAGCGGAUUCAGGAUGGCAAUCAAGCAUAUGAAGUCAUGUGACAAAGCCAAAGGAUCGGGAGGUGCGGGAAGUUCCGAUUGAUUACAAUUUUCAAAAUGUUUCUCUCUUAAAGUUUGUUUUAAUUUUCAAAUGUAGUUCCUAUUUCAUUUCAAAUAAAUGCAAUUGAAGUUUGUUUUUAAUACUCGUAUAAAACUAUAAACUAUAAAAUAUAAAUUAUAUAAAAAAAAUUAACCGGCCCGGCCCGAACCGGACCCGACCCGUGACCCGGGCGGGUGGCCCGGCCCGAACCGGACCCGUCCAACCCUCGGGCCGGUACUGGGCUCACUGUUCUUGAACCGGCGGCCCGACCCGGCCCGAAUCCAUCCCUAAUAUGAAGUCAUGUGACAAAGCCAAAGGAUCGGGAGGUGCGGGAAGUUCCGAUUGAUUACAAUUUUCAAAAUGUUUCUCUUAAAGUUUGUUUUAAUUUUCAAAUGUAGUUCCUAUUUCAUUUCAAAUAAAUGCACUUGAAGUUUGUUUUUAAUACUCGUAUAAACUAUAAAAUAUAAAUUAUAUAUAAAAAAAACUUUAACCGGCCCGGCCUGAACCGGACCCGACCCGUGACCCGAGCGGGUGGCCCGGCCAGAACCGGACCCGUCCAACCCUCGUUCCGGUCCCGGGCCCAUGUGAUACGGAUCGGCGGCCCGACCCGGGCCUGACCCGGCCCGAAUCCAUCCCUAGCUAAGGCUAAACGCAACCUAGACAUGGACCGGUUCCGGUUCGGGCCCGGUUCGGGCCUGGGCCCGGUUCGGGCCUGGGCCCGGCCGGGCCUCGUUUCAAGAAGGGGAGGCCCGGAACCGGCCCGGGUAAACCCCGGGUCCGGGCCGGGCCAGGCCUCGGUUUUAUGUUUUUUUUUGGCCUUUCCUAGUUAACCCCCAACCCUCCCCCUCACCCCCAAAGUCCCAAACCAACCCUAACCACCUCAAAUGGCCCAAAAUACCUAGCCCAACCCAAAAACUUAAAAAAAAUUCAAAAAAAAAAAAAAAAAAAAAUGGCCCGGACCGGGCCGUGCCUGCACAAAAAAUUUGGUUCACCGGUCUGGUCCGGGCCCGCAUAGUAGCGGGCCGGUUCGGUUCCGGACCGGUUGGCCCGGCCCGAGUCCACCCCUACCGCAACCCAGCUCGUCAAUAAUUUUAAUCUAACACCAAUUUAUAUGUAUUCACUCAGUCAAUCCUGUUUUUCCUUGCAACCUAACACCGUCAAUAUAUUCACUCAACACAUUCUUUUUUAGUUAAAUCCUUACUUUUGUUAUUAUACAUAAUUUUUUCGCAAAUUCUAUUUUUGCAAAUAAUUAUGAUUUAAUAUAUCGAACAUUUCGAUGUAAAAAUAAAUAAAUUUGGAGUGAAUUUUUUUAACUAUUUUUUUUAAUGUUAAAAUAUCAAACUAAUUUUUG